GAGGUUUCCUUUAAGAUACACUCACAAGAAAAGAACCCUUCGGAAAAGAAAUCUUGGAAAUGUGAGGAACAGCUGGAGAAGUGGCUGGGCAGGCUAAAGCUGAUGAACGCUUUACUGAAGUGAUGGUGACAGUGUUUUUAUUUCCAACAAAAUGCACUUUCUUGUGAAGACCAUUACUGUUUUACAGUUUAAAUUUUAAAAAUGCGAGGAAAGGAGGGCGAAUACUGCGGAGUCUGAUUCCGUUUACUUGGGAAACAGCAGCAUUAGCAUUUUUCUUCGCUAGACUCUGAGGGCUUGCAGAACAAUAUGGGAAAUUUCAAAGGCCAUGCUCUACCUGGCAGUUUCUUUCUGAUCGCUGGUUUGUGGUGGACAGUGAAGUACUCCUUGUGGUACGCCACUCGCAGGAACAAAAGUGCAGGUGCAGGGAGGAUCGCCACACGAGCCUUGCAACACCGUCUAGAAAUCAUCGAGGGAGCUGUAAUCCUCUCCUUUUCUAUUAUUGGUAUACUAGGAGAACAGCUUGCCACAGGUGGGCCAAAGUUCCACUUGUAUGACUCCUCCACUCAGCACUGGGACAAGCUGAUGAACUGGCAGCACACAACCAUGUACUUGUUCUUCGCCCUGGCUGGGGUUACCUCGCUUACCGUCCACAGCACAGAUGGAGCACCUUUGGCUUUAGACCGCUUAUUGCUGGGCCUUGCUUUUUUCAAUGAGGGAUUCUUAUUCCUCUAUCACCUCCAUGGCAGAGACAUGCUGGAUGUCCAUGUCCACAUGCUUCUGUUGUACGCAAUAUUUGGAGGGGCUAUCAUCUGCUUCCUGGAGGUCUUCCACAGAGGAAAUAUUCUGCUGGAGCUGCUGCGCGCCGCUCUGUGUGUGCUUCAGGGCAGCUGGUUCUGGCAGAUUGCCUUUGUGCUGUACCCCCCCAGUGAGGUGCAGUGGGAUUUGUCAGACCACAACAACAUGAUGUUCAUUACCAUGUGUUACAGCUGGCAUUUAGCUUUCGCCCUGCUCACUGUGGCUGUAGCACACACCACUGUUCUAUGUGCGGUACGUUCUAAACUCAGAAGAAUGCCACCGAUGGAGAUGGGUCUCCUGAAACCACGGGAAAGAGAAGGAGAUUCUGAAGAUGAAGUUUUAUAAGUAGUUGGUGUCCAUAUACAACCUUCGGCCUUUAUUUUCAGUGAAGACAAGCUUGCAAGCUAGUCCUGCAGAAUUGCAUGAUGUAACACUGACAGUCUUCACUUAGUGGGCCUUUCUCAGGUCACUACAGUGAGGGGCUGGAGGCAAGUACUGGUGACCUUCAGUUCAUCUCCGGCUAUUACUGCCAUGAUGUUUUUGUCCAUUUAUGGUUUAUUUUAUGUUUAAACAAAAUCGCCUCACCAUGUGUGUCUUUUAAUUGUCGCUCUUUAUUUUCUCUGUUUGUAUUUAUUGACUCUCUGGGGCAAACAAGCCAAGACAAAAAAGCUUGAUAUUUUCGUGUUUGCCAUUUUUAGUACAGGAAGCCAUGAAAAUGAAUUAUUGAUUUCUUUAGUUCAUAUAUAUGAACUUUAUACUGUAUAUGUAUUGUUAUUCUUUGAUACAUAUAUUUGCACCUUGUGACUCUAACAGAAAUUUUUGAUAAUGACAUCAUUAGUGCCUUUGACAUUCAAGGAAAGAGCUCAUUAGGCUUUUAGUGUAAGUGGUGGCCUUUGCUGACCUGCACAGCUGUGGAGUCUUUUUUUGUGAUCUGUGGAUUCAGGGUUGCAGAUUGCUGAGGUGAAUUUUUGAUCAUACUCACUUUUGUAGGCAAUAAAACACACAAUGGGGUUUGGCUGCUGCUGAUGUGACUUUAGCUCUGGAUCCAUAUAGCAGUUUAAUCCAUAUUACAAGGUAAAUUAUUUCACUAGGAAAUUCAGAGGUUAGUUGGUAAGUGGAAGACGAUUCUACUGCCAGUGCUAUAGCUUUGUAGUCUUAUUGAGGAAACUGUGCAAUCUUGGAGAAGCCUUGAAUUACAGCAUAUUAUGUAUUUAUUGCUUCGAACAUGCCUUAGUAUAUGUAUUAAACGUAAUGCACAUUUCAA